CACUUGGCCUGGUCUUUUCCCAUCCUUGUCAAUCUGUCAACUUGACGGUGGAUCCACGAACUUCCCCAUCCGAGUAUCCUCCUCCCACCGGGCAGUUUCUCAACUUGCCAACCCAUUCACGCCUACACGCCAAGAUCAUUCCCGUUGCUAACGCUUUCAUCGUCGCGCUAGAUCUUGCACAAUGUACAGAAAGGUUGCUCUUAGCCUGCUGGCGGCCGCUGCCGCUGUGUCGGCUUCCGACGUUGCCCAGCUCAAGAAGGACACUUUUGACGACUUUGUUGCGUCCAACGACCUUGUUCUUGCAGAAUUCUUUGCACCAUGGUGCGGACACUGCAAGGCGCUCGCUCCCGAAUAUGAGGAGGCCGCGACCACACUGAAGGAGAAGGACAUCAGGCUGGUCAAGGUUGACUGCACUGAGGAAGCCGAGCUCUGCCAGUCCUACGGUGUUGAGGGCUACCCCACUCUCAAGGUCUUCCGCGGGAAGGAUAACAUUACUCCCUACUCUGGCCAGAGAAAGGCUGCUGCCAUCACAUCCUACAUGAUCAAGCAGUCUCUCCCCGCUGUUUCGCUCCUCACCAGCGAGACUCUUGAAGACUUCAAGACUGCCGAUAAGGUUGUUCUUGUCGCCUACAUUGACGCCUCGGACAAAGCUUCCAACGAGACGUUUACUGAGGUUGCUGAGAAGCUCCGCGACUCAUAUCCCUUCGGUGCCAGCAACGAUGUUGCUCUAGCCGAGGCCGAGGGCGUAACCGCCCCUGCCAUCGUUCUGUACAAGCAGUUCGAUGAGGGCAAGUCCAUUUUCUCUGAGAAGUUCGACGUGGAGGCUAUUGAGACCUUUGCGAAGACCUCGUCCACCCCCCUGAUCGGUGAGGUCGGUCCCGAGACCUACUCUGGAUACAUGUCCGCGGGCCUCCCCUUGGCCUACAUCUUCGCGGAGACCCCCGAGGAGCGCAAGGAGCUUGGCGACAGCCUCAAGCCGGUUGCCGAGAAGUACCGUGGCAAGAUCAACUUCGCGACCAUCGAUGCCAAGUCGUUCGGUGCGCACGCCGGCAACCUCAACCUCAAGACGGACAAGUUUCCCUCUUUCGCUAUCCAGGAGACGGUUAAGAACCAGAAGUUCCCCUUUGACCAGGAGAAGGAGAUUACCGUCGACGCCAUCUCCACCUUCGUUGACGAGUUCAGCGCGGGUAAGAUCGAACCCAGCGUCAAGUCGGAGCCCAUCCCCGAGUCUCAGGAUGGCCCGGUUGCCGUUGUCGUCGCCAAGAACUACAACGACAUUGUUCUGGACGACACCAAGGACGUUCUGAUCGAGUUCUACGCACCGUGGUGUGGACACUGCAAGGCCCUGGCUCCCAAGUAUGAGGAUCUCGGUGCUCUCUACGCCAACAGCGAGUUCAAGGACAAGGUUGUCGUCGCCAAGGUUGAUGCCACUGCCAACGACGUUCCGGAUGAGAUCCAGGGUUUCCCCACCAUCAAGCUUUACGCCGCUGGCUCCAAGGGCGAGCCCGUCACCUACAGCGGUUCCCGAACUGUUGAGGAUCUGAUCAAGUUCGUCAAAGAGAACGGCAAGUACCAGGCCGAGGUCUUCGAGAAGACCGAGGAGGAGACGCCCGUUGCCCCUGCGGCCACCGAGUCUGCCGCCGAGGGUGAGGCAGACAAGGAGACGCACGACGAACUCUAAAGAAUUGAUGGCGCGCGAAUACCAAAACACUUCUUGUACAGUUUCUACGGCUCUGCUCGACAAAUCGAGCUGGGGGCCCCAGGCCGCGGGACGGGGAUACAAUGCGAAUAUCUUAGUUCCAGCAUAGGUCAAUCAGAAUUUCCUAGUUGUUCUUACGAGCUUCUCCACGUGAAAUGCCCGCUGGAAAACCUCGUAAUGGUGGUGACUAUCAUAGCAUAGGCAUAUAGUACUACAAGGCGUAAUGAAUAGUACGAUGGAUUUAAUAUCUAGCUAGCG